AUGCCCCGAAGGAAGAACCAGAAGAAGUCUUUGGCAAAGAAGGGGAUGUGGAGAUCCCUUGAGAAGAGAAUGACGGACCCCACUGAGGAAGUGGCCUCGUUAAAAACACAGCAUAGCGACAUUGACUUGACUGAGGAUGUGGCCUCGUUAAAAACACAGCCAAGUGACCUAACAAGUGACGUGACUGAGGAAGUGGCCUCGGUAAAAACACAGCCUAGCGACCCAACUCGCAAGAGUCCAAAGCAAGCUCGCAAGAGCUCAAAGCAAUCUCAGAAUGAAGCUCGUAAGAGCCCAAAGCAAGCUCAGAAUGAAGCUCGUAAGAGCCCAAAGCAAUCUCAGAAUGAAGCUCGUAAGAGCCCAAAGCAAUCUCAGAAUGAAGCUCGUAAGAGCACUAAGCAAUCUCAGAAUGAAGCUCACAAAAGCCCUAAGCAAUCUCAAAGUGAAGCUUGCAUCAGCACAAAGCAAUCAAACAAUGAAGCUCUUGAUGAAGGUCACAAAGAAAUACAAAGAGAAAGUUCAGUUGAACCUCAAAAUCAACAUACUGGUGAAACUGUUAAUGAUUCCUCCCGGAACCAGGUAAAUGAAACAAAGAAACCCAGAACUAGUAAACAAAUUUUGAGACCCACAAAACAGUCUUCAAAAAAUCCUUUAUUCAAUAUAAUGCUGAUUACAGCUAAAUACGAUAGGAAAAAUCCCUUUAAAGGGAAUAAAACAAAUCUGCAUAGCAGAAGGAAGCGACCACUUUACAAUAUCAUGCUUGCUACUGCAAAGUUAAACAGAAAAGUUAUACCAUUGAAGAAAACAUUGUUAGAUGAACAAGUUGAAGAAAAAAAACCACUAAACAAGAAAAAGAUGCGCACAUCUAAAGUUAGAUAUUCUUGUGAUUUUAAUCAAUCAAAUGGAAGAAAAAUAAAAACAAGAAACAGGAAAAUAAAACCAUAUGUAGAAUCAAAAUUUCCUCCCGAAAACCAAAAAAUUACUCUGAAAAAGAAAAACAAAGGAUACUCUGGAAAUAUUGCAAAAUCCAAAAGAAAAGGCUCUCCAACAAAAGAAAUGUAUGAAGAAGAAGAGAAAAGUGGUAACCUCAUUGUAAAGAUUGUACAGAAAGAGUUGUUACAUGAAACAACCCAAUCUCCUGAUUUCGGUCACAUUCAAGAACUUGUUGAGUACAUGAUCAAGUUUUAUGAAAGCCUCAACUUAACAGCAGAAGAACAAUUUGAAAUUCAACCCCUGGACAUACAUAUUACUCCUGAAAUACAGCAAAGUUCAGCUCUAUCCCCGCCAUCCAGUUAUUACACGGGAAAUAAUCAAAAUAGAUUGGGACUUCUACAGAAAUAUUUCAAAAAUCAAAAGGAUAUGAAUUUGAAAAGAUUACAAGCAUUGGAUAUUAAAAGAACAAGUGAAGGUCAUGAAUAUAAACAAAUGAAGGAAGAAACUGAAAUCGGGAGGAAAAAAAUUUACAACAGAGAAUACAAACGGAAGCAGAGAUUGAAUGAAAAAUAUCGCACAUGUGAAAGAAAGAAAGAGCUUCAAAGUAAACAGAAAAUAAAAGCUAAUAACAGCUACAGAGUAAGAGAAGGAAGGAAUGAGCUUCAAAGUAAACAGAAAAGUAGGACUGUUGAAAGCUUUAGACUAAAGGAAGCAAAAAUAAAACAAAAAUUGAGAACUGAUGAGAAGUACCGAACAUCAGAAAGAAAGAAUGAGCUUCAAAGUAAACAGAAAAGUAGGACUGAUGAAAGCUUUAGACUAAAGGAAGCAAAAAUAAAACAAAAACUGAGAACUGAUGAGAAGUACCGAACAUCAGAAAGAAAGAAUGAACUUCAAAGUAAACAGAAAAGUAGGACUGAUGAAAGCUUUAGACUAAAGGAAGCAAAAAUAAAACAAAAACUGAGAACUGAUGAGAAGUACCGAACAUCAGAAAGAAAGAAUGAACUUCAAAGUAAACAGAAAAUAAGAGCUAAUAACAGCUACAGAGUAAAAGAAAGAAAGAAUGAGCUUCAAAGUAAACAGAAAAGUAGGACUGAUGAAAGCUUUAGACUAAAGGAAACAAAAAUAAAACAAAAACUGAGAACUGAUGAGAAGUACCGAACAUCAGAAAGAAAGAAUGAACUUCAAAGUAAACAGAAAAGUAGGACUGAUGAAAGCUUUAGACUAAAGGAAGCAAAAAUGAAACAGAAAUGGAGAACUGAUGAAAUUAAUCAAGCAAAUGAAAGAAAAACUGGACUUGAAAAUUCCACAAAGUGA